UAGUAGCUAGUACGUGCAUUCCGCGUCCGACUUUCGAACCACCAUGUUGCGUUUGAGCUUGCUGCUAAUAAUUGCCUUCGUCGGGUUCUUGGCAUCCGUCUCCGCGGAAAUAGUGAACUUUCAAAUGUGCGAUGAUAGCGUGGACACCUGCACGAUCCAGCAGGUGAUGGUGACGCCAUGUCCGGAGGCGAAGUUCAAUACCGCCUGCCUCGUCCGGCGGAGGCACAGAUUCACGAUGAGCUUCACUUUCACGCCCCACUUCGAUGCCGAUCAAUUGGAUGCCAGCUUGGGAUGGGUCAAAUCGGAGACGGUGGAGCUGCCACUGCUAACGAUGGAUCGGGAGGCCUGCAAGUACACCAGUUGCCCCGUGAUAUCCGGAGUGACGCACAACUACACCAACAACAUGCCCGUCGACUCCAAGUCCCCGCUGAGUCCUUACACCAUCCGAUGGGCCUUGAAGGACCCCGUCUCCCAGAAGCGAUGCUGCUUCACCAUCGACAUCAAGGUUGUGCGCUAAGAAGUCACUCCAAAUUCUGGCAACAAAAAAUAUUUGGAGUUCAGUUAAUUGUAUUUCUUAAACAUUGAAAUACAAAAAUAUUAAAUUGA